UUUAUACAAAAGUGGGGUACGAGGGACCAAUGAAAAAAAAAUUUAUAAGAAGCAGAGAAAGAAAAUUGUGCGGAUUUUAGGAGUAGGAAAAUUUUAAGUGCAAAAGAAGAAGGGAGUAGGAAAUUUCGGAUAAAAGAAAUAAAGCGGGUACAGGUUAAGACGUCAGAAUAGACAGAAAGACAGAGAUGGGAAACAAAACGGCGGGAAAACAGACAGCUGGUAAUCGGAGAGGGAGCCAAAGAGAUAACCGGAAGUUGGUAGAAGUAGGGACCGAAGGAAGACCGACAGCAGAAGUUAAAGAGCCGAGAGAUGCGUCAAAUCAGGGGAAUAUCGACGGCCAUGUGAGGGACAGCGAGGAAGGGGAAACUUCUGGCGGCGGGAAAAAGUCGAUGGGUGGAGGUGAGAAUUUUCCGCUCACUCUGAUACUAGAAGAGCUGAGAGAAAUGAAGGGAUUAAUGGAGAAAAAUAAGGAUGAGAUAAAGUUUGAAAUUGAUGUGCUGAGGGAGAGUAUAAUUGAGGGAGAAAAAAAGUGGGAGGGAGAGAAGAUUAAAAUUUAUGGGUAUUUUGAAAGUAUGGAGGAGAGAAUUAGGAAACUGGAAGAAAUGGAGAUGAAGGAGAAGGGAAAAUCGGGGGGAGGAGAGUCGGGUGAGAAGAAAUGGGCGAGGGAAAGAGAGGAGAUGAGGCAGCAGAAGAACAUGGAGGCGGAAAUUAAGAAAAUGAAGCAGAAUCAGGCGAAGUGGGAGAAUGAGGAGACAGUACGACAAAAUUCAAUGAAUAUUGAAAAUUUAAACGAAGUUAAUUUUCCUAUCGAAGGACAAUCAGAAAAACCCCAUAUAUAUUCAUUCGAUCACGGCAACCAUACAUUUUAUAAAACAACAGACGAGUCACCAGUUCUGUCAACCGACAGAUUCGUAGAAAAAACUCAUCAAGCAGCAACGCGAUUUUGGGCUGAAAUAUUCUCGACGAUUCACAUCGGGAUAACUUUUGUCACUGCGUUUAUACUCCAAUUAUUUAAAUUUAUAUUAUGUAGUGUAGUGAGACCUCUUACUGUGGGUGUAAUUCAAUUGACAGCUGAUUAUUUUAUAAAACCCGUACUGAUGAUUACGUUCAAUGGAUUGAUCCAACCGGUCCUGAUAUUUCUGUACAAUAUCGCGACGUCUUUCCGCGACGUCUGUAAGCCGAUCGCUGAAGCUCUGGGAUAUUUUUUGAGUGAAGUCGCUGGUCUGUGUCGGGCCAUACGUCUUGUAGAGAUUCAUAAGUAAUUUUUGGGACACAGUGGGCCAGAGGUAAGUGGGACACCUGUCCCAGUGUCUCACGUAGGCUAGAAAAAUCUAAUCGUGUGAAAUUUAGUUUUGGGAGUUAAACAAAUGGGCAAAUUAAUUGGGACGGACCACCUGUCCCAAAGUGUCCAAGUGGUCCAAGUGAACUUAAGAAAUUUAUAUAAAAAGAUAAAUAAUUGAAUUUUUUAAUUAGAGCCAAUAAUGAACACUGGGACAUGAAAUGGGACACCUGUCCCAGUAGAUUAAAUUUUUCGAGGGAUUAAAAAAGAAUGACAGAGAAAAUUUAUAUUAGAGGUAGAAUGGACCAAAUAUGUAAAAUUAUUUUUAAAAAUUUAAAAGAAGAGUCUGAAAUAUGGGCCACCUGACCCAUUUACAAAAAAGGUGAUGAAUGAUUAGAAGUAAAAUGGGACAAGUGGGCCACUUGUCUUAGUCUCAAGUGGAUCAAAACAUAAUUAUUGUAAAAUGAUUUUUAAAAUGUUAAAAGGAUGGUCCAGAAAAUGGGACACAUGGGCCAUCUGCCCCAAAGUGUCCCAGUGGUCCAAACAAAUUAAUAAAUAAAUAGAUUUAAAAAAACAAUCGAAUAUUAAUAAUGAGCCGAUGGACCAAAAAUGGGACACUUGUCCUACUGUCCCAAGUAAAUUUAAAAAUUGAUAUUAAAAUAAUUAUAAUUAAUAAUGGGCCAUUGGACAUAAAAUGGACCACCUGUCCCAAAGUGUCCCAGCGGCUCAGGUAAAUUUAAAAAUAAGCAGAUUUUAAAAAACAAUCGAAUAUUAAUAAUUGUAAUUAAUAGUGGACCGCUGAACUAAAAAUGGGACGACUGUCCUACUGUCCCAAAUAAAUUAAAAAAAUUGAUAUUAAAAAAAUAUAAUUAACAAUGAGCCGCUGGACCAAAAUGGGACACCUGACCCACUGCCCCAAGUAGAUUAAAAAUUGAUACAAAAAUAAUUAUAAUUAAUAAUGAGCCACUGGGCAUAAAAUGUGCCAUCUGUCCCAAAGUGUCCCAGUGGUCCAAAUAAAUUUUAAAAUUAGCAGAUUUUAAAAAACAAUCAAAUAUAAAUAAUUGUAAUUAAUAGUGGACCGCUGGACCAAAAAUGGGACACCUGUCCCACUGUCCCAAGUAAAUUCAAAAAAAUUAUAUUAAAAAGCAUAAAAAAUAAUGGGUCAUUUUUAAUAAAAUGGGACACCUGGCCCAAAGUGUCCCAGUACUAAAAAUCCUCACAAAUAAUUAAAAAUAAAAUAAAUCACAAAAAAUGAGCGACCUGUCCCAGUGUCCCAAAAAAUGGGCCAGUGAAAAAAUGUAAAAAAAUUCAAUAACGCCUGGUAUAUUUAUUUGCUUAUCUUCUUUUUUUAAAUAUACAAUAUUUUAUUUUCAGAACAAUUUUUAUUCUAUUUAACUAUAGUUAAUUAAUAAUAACAAUAAUAACAUCAAUUAUUAUUAUUGUUAUCAUCAUUACAAUAAAUUAUUUACAAUCUCACACAAGUUAACAACAAACGAAGGAAAAAUAAUUUACAUUUCAUCUGAUCACUAUUUACAGGUACUAAAUUUUCCCUUUUCCUUCUUUUGCUAUUUAUUUAAAUAAUUAUUAACAUUUUUUUUUUUUUUAAUUAUCAGCAUUAUCAUUAAUUUUCUUUCCCUCGCGCAUCCACACUAACAACUUUUUUUUUUUUUUUAAAU